UCCAAAUUUGAACAUGAAGCCAAUACGUUGACACUUGCAUUGAAAGGUCAAGAAAGCAAGUCUUUUUGAGGUUACCUUUACCAAUCAAAAGAAGGGCCUUAUUUUUUUCCUUGUUUCCAUGGAAUCUAAGGCCUGAAAAUCACCAUCCGCUGGAGGUACCCACCUUCAAGAGUCUUUCCCAAGAGGCAAGCAUGGCAGAGAACAAGUCUGGGGAGAUCAAAGACUUCCAACUCAUGAUUGCAAACAAAACUGAUGGUUCAAAGAAGCUGGCCCCAAAAAGAAGCUCAAGCAAAGAUAGACACACAAAAGUCGAUGGUAGAGGAAGAAGAAUCAGGAUGCCAGCUUUAUGUGCCGCCAGGAUUUUUCAAUUAACCAGAGAAUUGGGUCAUAAAUCUGACGGAGAGACAAUUCAAUGGCUGUUACAACAAGCUGAACCAUCUGUUAUUGCUGCUACUGGUACUGGAACCAUUCCAGCUUCCAUGCUUGCAGCUGCUGAGGCCUGUGUUUCUCAACAGGGGACCUCUGUUUCUGCCGGUUUGCAUACAAAGAUAGAGGGACUGGGGUCAGGUGUUGGGUCCAUGAAUAGGACCAAUUGGACAACCAUGAGUGCAAAUUUAGGAAGGUCUCACAUAGGAAGUGGGGUAUGGCCAACUAUAAAUGGAAUUGGGUCAGGGUUUGUUCAAAAUUAUGGGCAGUUAGCAUCAAGUUUUGGAAGCGAAAACUUGAAUAACAUGUCUAAGUUCGGGUUCCAUGGGAUAGAAUUUCCAAAUAUGAAUAUGGGUCUGAUGAGUUUUUCCUCUAUGUUAAGUGGUUCUCACCAACAAAUUCCAGGCUUGGAGCUUGGUCUCUCGCAAGACAGGCACGUUGGAAUGUUGAAUUCUCAAGCUCUCAGCCAGUUUUAUCAACCUAUGGAGCACCACAGAAGCAAUUCAGGAUCUUUGAAUCAGCAACAGCAUCCUGACAAAGAUGACUUUCAAUGAUCAAGAAAGUAGACUGAUUAAGAUAGAAGUGUUGUAAGACAAAUUUUUGGUCAGAAACGCGUAGCAUAGUUCAGAAGCUUUUAGUCCCUCAUAUUUCUUGCUGCGGACAUGAAGUUGGAGUCAAGAUUUCUCUUACUUCAGCCCUUAUGAACUGAGUUACAAGAUCAAAAGAGCAAUGGCUUGAAGGUUUGAUUUGAGUUUGUUGGCUACAAAAAUUUGAGAUUGUAAUUGUGUUAUACAUAGCAAUAUGCAUAUUUGAAUGGUGUGUUUAUUUGUUUCUGAAAGUUAACUUAGACAAGCAAAUAUGGAUUCUGAAGCAUAAUUUAUUAUCAAAGCAGCUAGAAAAAUACUUUAAAUAA